AUGACCGUCAAGGCAGUUCACCUUGAACUUGUGUCCAAUUUAUCAACAGAAGCCUUUCUGGCGGCUUUCAACCGAUUCGUUGCUCGAAGGGGACUGCCCGUGUCUGUGUACUCUGAUUGUGGUACGAAUUUUGUGGGUGCUUCCAAGAAGUUAUUUGAUCUAGCAAACAAUCCCAAAACCCAGGAGCAGCUCAGCUCCACCUUCACGUGUGAUUGGCAGUUUAACCCUUCGAGCGCUCCUCACUUUGGAGGAAUUUUGGAGGCUGCGGUCCGUUCGACUAAGCGUCUUUUAGUGCGUGUUGUGGGUAACCAGGUUUUAAUAUUGGAAGAAUUGUCCACCGAGUUAUGUAGGAAAGAAUCGGCUCUAAAAUCUAGGCCUCUUACUCCCUCCUCCAACGAUCCCAAUGAUUUAGAGUGA